AUGACGGAAUCCUUGAAGGAGCAUUUGAAGCGAAGAGCAUUUGUUAUCGCUGAAAGGCAAGCGUUGGAAUUGGAGCUCACGGUUGGAGGGACUGAUUACGCUCCGCUUGAGAGAGCAGUGUUCAAAAGCACCAAGAACAAUACCAAAGCUCCUAAGGAAAAACACAUUUCCUUUUUGCAGAGAGCGAUAACAGAUGGUGACAACAGCAAGACUGUCCUUAAGAUGCUAGCCCGGCGGCUGAAAGAAGCGAGUCAGCCGGGUGUGAUCUCUACAUCCUAUGCAGCUGGUGUGAAGACUAUUGCUGUUCUCCAUCGUUGCAUGAACAGUGGUGACAACUCCUUCAUCGCCUUAUGCUCCAAGUAUUCUCAGAUUUUAGAGGUCCCAACAUCAAACCCGUAUGCUCAAAUCUACGGCAAGUACGUUCGGGAGAUGCUUGGGUGCUUUGCGAUUUGCAAGCACUCGUAUCAAAGAGAGACAGAGUUCGAAGAGAGCAUGAUCGUCAAGCUAGGAAACAACGACCUGGUGGAGCAUCUCACAUGCAUUGAUCUGCAGUUAACGAAGCUACUUGAUUGCGACCUGCAAGGAGGAUUGAUGGAGGCGAAGAGUAAGAAUGCCGUGCAGUACGCUAUCAACCUGCUGCUCUUGGAUGCGAUGUCGUUGUUCAGCGCUUUCGAGGAGGGAAUGUCGAGAGUGCGACAGUGUAUCGGGCAACAGUCUGUUACCAACGCAAAGAAGAUGGCGAAGCUGUACUCGAAGUUUGUCACGACGAUGAUAGUAGUCGGUGUUUGGUUAGGUGAUGGUGGUAUCAUGGUCGAUGAUGACAAUAGCAAUGAUAUGAAGGGGUUUUGGUUUCCCUCCAAGCUUCAAAGCUAUAUACAGCAAGCAAGCUUCGACCGAGACUGUGCCAUCCCGCUCACUGCGUUUGACAAGACGGCUAUCAAGAAGUUCAACAGGAAGCUUGAAGAUUGUCUGAAGCUGAUCAACUCCGACGACGGAUGCUACGAGACCGUGAAGGCCCUGGCCGAUGUUGCGAUCGACGCGAACCAGCAGCUGAAUGAUGACGAGGAGCUGCCCCAGAGUGUGGCUAAGAUCUCGCUGGAGGAGAUUGAGGAAGAGAAACUCGAAGCCUCGGAUGACCUUAUCAAGCUAGACGACAUCUUUUCGUCUGGUGUCAGAGAUCACUUUACCUCUCAUGCUGCUACUCAUGUCAACGCCGACGACUGGGAUCCCUUCGGGGCGGGCGGUACCAACCAUCAAGACGCAGCCAACAAUCCCUUUGGAAGAACGAAGGAGGAGAACCCUUUUACUGAUGAUCCCUUCGGCCCACCGGUCCCGGGCCCUCAGGGCAUGACGAUGCCCAACAUCGCUCAAGUACAUGGGAAUAUCCACCCACUGUCUAGCAUGCAAGGGAUGAACAGCCAUGCGCCGACGAUGCCGAUGGGAAUGAAUGGUGGAGCCAGCAUGAUGGGGGGAGCGGGUAACACGAUGGGAGGAAACAUGCUGGGCGGAGGAAUGGGAGGCAAUGGCAUGAUGGGAGGAAACAGCAUGAUGGGAGGCAAUGGCAUGGGAGGAGGGAACAUGAUGGGAGGAGGAGGAAUGGGAGGAGGAAACAUGAUGGGAGGAGGAGGAAUGGGAGGAAACAUGAUGGGAGGAGGUAUGGGAGGAGGAAACAUGAUGGGAGGAGGUAUGGGAGGAGGGAACAUGAUGGGAGGAGGUAUGGGAGGAGGGAACAUGAUGGGAGGAGGUAUGGGAGGAGGGAACAUGAUGGGAGGAGGUAUGGGAGGAGGGAACAUGAUGGGAGGAGGUAUGGGAGGAGGAAACAUGAUGGGAGGAGGCUCGUCCAGCAUGUUUACGGCAGCUGGAGGCGGCUUGGGAGGGAUGGGACUGACGACCGGAGGGCAUGACGGACUCGGGAUGGGGAUGGGAGGAAACCAUACGGUCCAAGGGUUUGGCCUGCAGGGUGCUGGUUCGAACCCUUUCGAGUGA